CAACUGCAGUUCCGUGCACGUAUGCACGAUCUAUGCACCGCGCGUUAACUAAAACUAACCUAAAAGCCACAGCUAAUCAGAUUUGAAAAAAGAAAACAUGACAGUUCCAAUUCAAAUUCCAAAUGUUCCAAUUUAGAUAAGUAAGAAAAGCUAACUACGUCACAGUGUGAGAGAAAGAGACGACUAUGCAUCCCCGCGUCUGCUAUUUCGGUGACGUCGGCCGGUGCAUAGCGAAAUAAUUUAAUGAAAAGUGGCAUUCAGUAAAUUCGUUGUGUUUACGCGCGUUGCAAGUUUGUUUGGUUAGCGGUGUAUUUUUGUGUGCGAUCCCGGAUCCCGGUACUUUUUCCAGUGUGGGUGGCGCCAUCUACUAUGUGUCCUAUAUUCCCGCGGUUGCGUGUUACACAUGGUUGUAAUUCAUGGUGUUUUCAAAACAAUAGUAGCGAUCUACGUAAACUAUUUUAUUAGUGACAUAAACUUUUAUCUUGAGUUUAUAAGUGGUGAUGUCCGACUACUUGGCUUGUUUUUGGCGCGGUAAAACUGUGCGGGUCCGUAGCGGAAAAUUGAGCUAGCGGUGUUUUUUCCAAACUUAACCUACGACAAUCUUCAGUUGCGCGCGAGCUCUGUUCGCACACGCUUCGCGUUUAUACGCGGAAAUUAACGAAAACCCGCCGAAUGGACACCGAAAAGGAAACGACAACCACCGAAAUCACAUUUUGAACUUCGUGUGGAUGUGUUCGAAACGUUCCAUAUUCGAACGCGACGGAAUAGUCGCGCCGCGUUCGAUGACCUCAUAAAGUGAAAACUAUUUUUUGAUCUUUCACUUUGCUCAAUUUUGUGAUGUAGACAUAGUGCCUUCCCCGUACAAACUAAUGGAAUAUUGUGAUGUUAAAGUGCAAAGUUAGAGACUAGGUUAUUGUAAAGUGAUCGUGAACUAUUUUUUUUUUAUGUUGAAGGACACACUUAUAUAGAACUGAGUGCUUAUGGACAAAUACUGCAACAUUCAUAGGGUUGCCGCACGUAUGCCAUGGCGGAGUGCUCGUUCGCACGCUGCCAACAAGAACGUCGCGCGAUUCGUAAAGAACUACAGCGUUGGACCAAGAACAUGGUCUACAUACUCGGUCUAGAACGGGUGGCGGAGGAGUUGAUGGGUCGAAGAAAAUGGAAACUAUAUCAGGACGCGUUAGUACCCAAGCGCACCGAGGCCGAACGAUCCAGCGACGAAGAAUCCAUGCCUGCCACCGACCCCCCUCCCGCGCUCAAAAUAAAGACUAUAGAGCAGAUCAACGCGCCAGAAGACGAGAGGCCGAAAGCCGAACCGGAGACAGAAGCCGAGCCGGAGAAGACGAGGCGGCCAGAGACCAUUCUAGAGAGUCUGAUCAAGCGGCCAGCCACUCAACCCAAAUUGGAGGUGCCAGAGGAACCAGCAGAUUGGAAGCCACCAGACAAGUGUUAUUUUUGUGUGGACGGAGAGAGGGGUGAGGCGACGGCAGCGGAGGGCAGGCAAGCGGGCGGCGCGACGAGUCCAGCUUCAGAGUCAGACAGCAGCUCAGUUUCGGGUGCAAAGAGCCCGGGAGCUCCUCCCUUACUCCAGCACCUGUUACAGCUGCAGCUUCAAGCGCAGAGUCCACAAGCUAUCGCCCAGGUGAGCUGGGAACACUUGCAGAGCUUGGCAGAGCCCAACAACACUAUGGGCGCGAAGAGUCCAGGAGCGUCGCCUCUCCUCCAACAUCUAUUGCAACUACAAUUGCAGGAACCAACUUCUCAAAAUAUAAAUCAGUUCCAGCAGAUGAUAGCAGCGUUGGCGGCGCUGGGCACGGGGCUGGUCCCACCUGCUCUCUCACAAGUCUGGCUGAUGCAGAGGCUCGCGCAGAAUCGUCCGCAGGCUGAUAGGCUACCUGAUGUGGGAGACAAAGCGCCGACGCCAUCAUCUCCGACUCUACUGGAACAGCCGCUGGAUCUCAGUGCAAAGUCCACAUCCAGCACUAGCGGUACGCCGCCCCCUGACUCCAAGAUACUGGAUAAUAGGUUAAAACGUGCAGCAAUAGAAAGUGCAAGUAAUAGCGUAACCAGACGGACAUAUACUGAUGAUGAACUUCAAUCAGCUAUACGGGAUAUCCAGUCGGGUCGAUUGGGUACACGACGCGCAGCAGCCGUCUACGGCAUUCCACGGUCCACGCUACGUAACAAAGUUAAUAAAUACGGACUCAAUGUCGAUCAACAUGACUCCGAACCUGACAGUGAAUCUGAGAGACCAGAAUCUCCUCCUGUCAUCCUAAAAAUACCAAACUAUCGGCCCGAUGAGAAGAGUCCUUCUCCGGCCACUCCUGUGACGACUCCUGUCACACCCAUUACGCCUAUCAUUCCACCGCCACAACCACCCAUAAACCCACAGCCACACCUCCCCACGUUUUUUGCAGACCCACCAGCAAACCAGCACUUAUUCACGUCCAUAAACGACGUAAUAGUAAGAAGCAUUAGUCAGAAAUUCCAGCAGCUUCCCGAAAGAGCUCCUCAAACUACGGAUCUGCCGUUUAUGAGAGCACCCGACAGACAUGUUUCGGUUAUAAAAACUCAACCGGAGAAUCAGAGGAAUUAUCCGACACCGAGUAAUUCUAGAGCAACAACGAAUAAUAAUGGCCAACCUGCAGCUGGAGGUAAAGGCACGCGACCCAAAAGAGGAAAAUAUAGGAACUAUGAUAGAGAUAGCCUCGUUGAAGCCGUAAAAGCGGUACAGCGCGGUGAGAUGUCUGUACAUAGGGCCGGGUCCUAUUAUGGUGUACCACAUUCAACACUGGAAUACAAGGUAAAAGAACGGCAUUUAAUGCGACCAAGAAAACGUGAACCGAAACCACCACAAGAUGCAAAGCCGCAACCACCAAAACCACCACCACCCAAACCACCAACAAAAUCUUUUACUAACGGGAUGAAUGGUCCAGAAACUCCAGGUUACCCAACCGGCUAUCCGUUUUGGCCUAACCCUGGUUUUCCACCACCACCCACGACCGAUUUAUAUGCAUCACACAUGAUGCGGCGAUUACGUGAAGAAGCGCCUCCACCUGCUAACGGUUCGUUCCUCGAAGGUAUUAUUCGGUCGAGCCUAGAAAGACCGGGUGCUGCGUUAUUGCAGCGGCUGACGGCUGAGCCACGACCACCUUUACAAACAUCGAGCGAAGCGCCGAGUCUGCUACGAAGGCUGGCUGGAUCGCCGGCUGAAGAAGGCCCGCCAGCUCGCAGGCCCCGUAUUGACAGCUCGGACCGACAGCUGGCAGCGGAGAUGCGAGAGGCGGUGCAGCGGUUACGCGCCGACAAGCUGCAGAAGCCGCGCAACGGUGCCGCAUCUCCGCCAACAGCGGGCGCCCCCUCCCCGCCCCCGCCAGCCGCGCCCCCCGACCGCGCCUAGUGCUGCCUGCGGGCUUUCCCGCUACAUCCUUUCCAGUGACGUGACUCUAGUGUUAGCUUUUUAUCGCCCAGAUUCUGAGCCGCGUCGAGAUGCUCCGAUCUCCUCAGUCUUGUGAUAAUAUUAUGUAAAGUACAUUCCGUUGGGAGCGGGCCUGUACGCCACCCGAUGUCCGUGGUGGCCGGGCGUGGCCCGCAUGCGCGCGCGCCGGGGGCAGAACUUUGACAACUUUUUAGUGUGCAAUAGAACAUUUAAGGGUUCUUCAUACAAAACUCACGCGUUAUUUGUGUAUACUGUUGUAGUGACAAUAACGUUAGUUAACAGGCUUUUAUUCAUAUUUUACAGAUAGUCUGGGUUGGAUACAUUACGCAUUUAGACAUUCAUAUUUCAUACACUACGCUGGUAUACAUUUAUGAAGGAAGUAUUUUCCGUUUCCUUUCCGCUUCCGGUCAGCCCAGAUCUUUCACACGAUUUAUAUAACUUACAUCGACACUAUAUAUCACCAAAUAUCACAAUAGUUACCUAAAAGUCACAACCAGUUCAAUGUACCACAGCUUUACUUAUGCAAUAUCACAAUAUGGUAGUUAAAGCCCCUGAUGACUAGAUCCUUUGAAUGUGGUCGCUCGUGGCAACGGUGUUUGUUCAUUUGGUAUAGGAUAAUUGUCAUAAGUUUUAUGUUAAUAUUAUGGAGUACCUAAUAAUCGUAAAGAAAGACGCUAAUAAUACUAAUGGGCAAGUCAAACUAAUAACACCGUAUGCCAAAGCGACGAUAGGGUUGUACAAAAUUUCCGGAAAAAAAACACAAGAGCCUCGAUUUUUGACCUUGUUUUAAGUAAAAGACAACCAAAAGUUAAACGUUAAAAAAAUUAAAUAUUUAAAUAAUUUUAAGUAAAUAAAAACAAUGUAACAAAUUAAAUAUAAAGCUAGCUAUGCGAGUGUAAAUGUUAUCGAUUUUUAAGUGAACUAUUGCAGAUUUUGUGCGGUGUUUUUACAAUUAGAUAGGUAAUAAUAUAUUGAAUGAAAUUAUUAGCGCUAUUUGCGUGUAGAGUGCGGCUAUUGUGCCGUCUUUUUCUAACGCGAGAUUAAAGAUGGAAAGUGCAGGCUAGGCGUGGAUGGGUUCGCCGCGACCUGCAACUGCGACCCGCUCGCGCCUCGGUAAGGACUUAUGUGCAAUUAUUAUUUUCUAUAAAAAAAAUAGUAAUUUAAACUGUGUCUAAGCUAACACGUGGGUUUCCAUAUUACUGAAUGUGAUAUUUAGGUAUUACGAUGCGAGUGCGGUUUGUUUCAAGACCUACGGGGUACACGCCCCAACCCCCACCAUUAUACAUACACGUACGUUAUACAUCUAGUGAACUUAUAUAUAUUUUAUGUACUGUAUUAAUGUAUCCUAAGAAAAUAUAUUCUUAUUUUUCAAGGUCCAAGUUUUAAAUGUUUUAUCGACUAUACAAAAGUGUGAAUAAUCAUUAUUAUAUUCUUGUCGACUUUAAAAAAAAUAUAAUUAUCCCAAAAAUCCUCAAAAAAAAAAAUAAAGUAAUUGAUAUCUUCAAAUUUGUGAAAUUUUUUGGUGUUCAAUCAAAAGUAUAAUAUAAUUGAAGUACGAGAUGAAAAAAAAUGUAUACGCUCUCCCAAAAUAAGUUUAGGUGAAAACUAUUUGGAUAUAAAAUUAUCGUACGAUAGUUAUUGUAAGUUAUGUGUACAUGUGCGCCUCAUGGAGAUUAAGGAGUCUUUGUAUUAUGUAUGUAAUUAAAAUAUACAUAUAUUAUUAUACAAGUUAUAAAUAAUAAUGUCAUACAUUUUUCUUCGGAGACCAUGAAAUGUGCAAAAUAGUACCUAAGAGAUAGAACUCGACAUUUCGACGUCUUUUUAAAAAUCCACGGACUGAGAGAAACUUUUUAAAAUUUUGUUAAUUUUAUUCGUGAGAAUUUACUAUAUCCAAAUCAUGAUACAUAUCCCAAAUGCCGAGAUGUCGAAUACGUUCUCUUUAUAUAAAAAAAAAUGAAACAUAAAAUUUUUAUAUUCCAAAUUUUGAACUAGUCGAUAGCAUGUCUUUCACUUAUGUUUUCUCUAUAAAUAAUUUUCGAUGUCUUUUUAGCAUUUAAUAUAAAAAUAUCUUAUAUUAAAAUCGUUAUGUGCAUUUAUUCAUCUGAGCGAUGCCAUUUUGUUUUUACGUAGAAAAACAAUUAAGUGAGAUUUUUCUCGUGUUCACUAUAAUAUAACCCACACCAGACCGCAUUUCGGAUUGAGUUAAAAAAAAAUAGAAAUCGAACAAUUUUUUUUUUAUAAUACGUACACAAAUCUGUGUGUUACGCCUGACAUUUGUUGAUAGCUUAAAAAAUGGUUAUUUUGUGUAAGUUUGUACAGAAAUAUUAGGAUGGGACAAUUUGCAAAGAGAACUUAGAUAUUAAUGAACAUUCCGUUUAGAAUGUUAUUAGUUUUUUUUUAUUAUUAUUAUAUAAAAUAUUUUUUGACAUCGGGAACAAAUUAUGUUGUUUAAUCUUAUUUUGUAACGUUAGUUAAUUUUAAGUGGCUUUAUUUUAGUAACCUUAUAUAUUAUAAUAUUAUAUUGAGAUGUUAUACAUGUCAUUGUUUUUGUGCAAAGUGUUUGGGGUUCUAUUCCCGGAUUUAAAAGAGAGUUGCGACUGAUAAGUAGUAGAAAAAUAGGCGAGUGCUCACAAGAAUGGGCCGGUCUGUAUCUGUACAAAUGGUAUACGCCGCCUUAACACUUAAAAUGUUAUUGACAGUGAUCUCUCGAAAUUAAAACGACCAACUUGAAGCAAAGUAACGUAAAAAUAAACCUUCUUACAUAAAAGCUAAAUCCAAAGCAUUUUUUUUUUCUGAACAGUUGGUCAUUUUAAGGACUAUUAGGCAAAAGACGCGUGUUGGAUAUUCAUUAAAAAUAAAAAAAGUUUACAACAAAAAGUUGCAAUGCCUUUAUUAAUUAUACCUCAAUUCAAAUAGCUAUUUAGAUCGUUCUGUGAAACACUCCUAAAGAGUCUAAAGUCUAUAAAUAAUAUAAAUAAACAAAAUCCCACGUGUCCAUAUUGAGACAAAGGCAGUGCGGCAAUUGGAACCGUGUAUAUUUUAUGAGCCUGACUCUACACAUCAAACAUCUUUCGUAUGAAAGAGAUCACUGGUUUAUUAGUGAAUCAUUUUUAUUGUAUAUUGUUCAAUCAUUUUUCCACAUAGUUUAAGAAUUUUAGUUAUUAUAGUAGUGUAAUUUUCAAUUAAUAGGUAGCAGGUAGUAUUUCUUUAAUAUUUUGUUAAUUUUUUCGUAAAUGUAAUAAAAUCUGCGUAAGGGUAGGUUAGAGUCUUGAACGGUCCUCGACUGGUCCAGGAACAAAAAGACAAUGAAGGGAAGUUGCAUUUUUAAUAAAACUACGAAAUAGGAUUCCGCGAGAUGUUGUGAAUGUAUUUUCCUUUUCUUAUUAUGAAUACAGUUUCAUAAUUCCUUUAACGUUAUUAUUCUAAAAACAAAAUAUCGCCUUACAAAUAAUCUGUACUAUUUUUUUUUAUUUUGGCAACACUUAUGAUUUUAGUACUCUUUAUCAUUACAUUUAGCAUUUUUUUUUUAUUAGCGAUUAUUAAAUUCAUAAAGAUAUUUUUCUUCAAUCUAUAAUUAGUUUAAUAAUGGAUUUUGGUGCCUGAAAAAUUUACUAAUUAAAUUCUAAAUAAGAUAUCAAAUUUUAUGCAAGAAUAUAGAAUUUGAUUUCUUAUUUUUUCUUUUGGGUCUCGCGGCUUUAUUUUAAAAGACAUUGCUAGAUCUAAUUAUCUUCAUUCGUGAAAAGCAGUUGUUAAUUUAUGUGGCUGUAUACUUUAUGGUACAGUCGAAUUUAGUAAUAAGCUAUGUGUUACAUUCACUUUUACAUCAUUCCCCUUGACUGGCUCAAGUGUCCAGUGAAAUAGAAUGUGACAAAACGUCAAAUUGAUAACUAUAUUUCUGAAUUUGACUGUACGAGGCCGUUUUCCGACACACAUAUAGGAAUAAGACGCUAUCAUGUUUACGUUUUUAAUAUUGACCACGAUUGUCACAGUAAAAUUACGUUCCUAGCGUACUUACUUACUGUUUAUUAGAAAACGGCCACAAAUUUGUGUAAGUAUACCUACUUAAAUGUAAGUUUCACCUUUAUUGUCACUGAUUGUUUUCCUUUACAUCUAUAUAUGUAUUUCUAGAAUAUUAAUUUAAAAAAGAUAUUAUUGUACUAUUAUUACAAUAAUUGACUUAUUAUUAUUGACCAUUUAGAAUUAUCGUGGAAUAGGAUAUCGAGAUAAAGUUCUUGGGUGUUCGUUUUUUUUUUGUAAAAAAAAAUAUGUACAACAUGAAGCAUUUAAUUUUAGACAUAUUAAAUAUAAUGUUAUCUUUAUAAAAAAAGGCAUAGUGUAAAUUCAAUUUAUAUUAUUUCACGAUAUUUAUUAAAAAUGUGACGCUUUUAAACAUAUUACAUCACAAUGCUGAGGGUCAUUUCUUCUUAUUGAGAAGGUUUCUUUGCGACGUCAUAGCGACGAAAUUAAGUGAUUGGAAACUAAAUUUGUAAUCAGGUAUGGACCAAUGUAUCAUAUAGACACUGUUAUUUCCUAAAUAAUGGCUCACUUUUUUUUAAUAUAUACGGCUAAAAGAGCUAACAAGAUCAAAUUAUAAUAUUGUUAUUUAAUUAUUGAGUACAAGUUUUAAUGAAAUAUUUUUUUCAAUAUUUACCUUACUCGCCUCUAUUAUUUUUGUUAUUUUGUUCCUUUAGUUUUUAUUAUUAUCAUUGUUUAACUUUCAUAACAAAUAAAUAGAAGGUUUUGCUUUAAUAUUAGCAACUCAUUAAUAAUUAUUUUUUAUUAAUAAAUUAUAAUUAUUAUUAUAUUAUAUAUUUUUCACUUCCUCAGUAAAAAGUGAUGUUUAUAGAUUUAUUAUUGUUCUAUAGUAACGUUGCUCAGAUAAAAAAAUAUGUUUUGUAAAAACUGUAGAUUGGCUAAAAACGCGAUUGGCAUGCCGCUGUUAUAUUAAAUCUAGUCAAAUUUUUAGAGAGGAAAAUUUUGAAAAGCUUAGCAUUUCGACUGACUUUUUGAUAAAAAGUUGAAAAAUAACGUCCAAAAUAGUCGCAAGGCGACGUAAAAAGUUGAUUUGAAAUCGUGGAAUUGUAGACAAUGUUUGUAAAAAGAAAACUGUUUCUUACGUAUACUGUAACUUUAAAAUUAUUUGAAGUGAUUUUUUUUUCAUAUGUAAUGUCCUUUAUCUAUAAGAUCUUUAUAUCUUACGUUAAAUAUCUUAAUGAUGUGGCUGGUGAGGCAGGUGUAAGAAUGUGCAAGGAUAUUUAAAACCUGUAUACAAUAAAUUUCUUUCAUUUGUUGAA